CACUUGACUGCAAGGCCCAGAUUAAAGAAGACAACAAAAUGGAGAUGAAUGAGUAUAAGAGAGCAAAAUCCAGUAUUAGGUAUGAGAAAUUUGAUUCAGAUAACUCUGACUACAUUUGGGAAAAUAACAGGACCACAGCCUCCUAUCAGGAACUCAAGAGCCCAGGACGUGACACUGCAGGAAGCAGAUACUACAGACUGGCUGCAGUGUGUCUGGGGAUCCUGUGUGUUCUCCUGCUGACUGCCAUCACAGUGAUGUGUGUGAAGUUUAAGCACCUGGCUACUCAGAGAGACCAACGACAGCAGAGCUAUAACAACCUGACUGUGGAGAAAGAGGGACUACAGACCACUCAUGAAAACCUUGCUAGAGAGAAAGAUGUGCUACAGACCAGUUACAACAAAUUAUCAACAGAUAGAGACCAGUUACAGACCAGCUACAACAGCAUGAAAACAGAGAGGGACCAGUUAAAGAAAGAGAAAGAUGGACUGGCUAUAGAGAGAGACCAGUUACAGACCAAAAACACCAACCUGACUGUAGAGAGAGACCAGUUACAGACCAGGUACACCAACCUGACUAUAGAGAGAGACCAGUUACAGACCAGUUACACUAACCUGACUAUGGAGAGAGACCAGUUACAGACCAAAAACACCAACCUGACUAUAGAGAGAGACCAGUUACAGACUAGUUACACCAACCUGACUAUAGAGAAAGACCAGUUACAGACCAGUUACACCAACCUGACUAUAGAGAAAGACCAGUUACAGACCAGUUACUCCAACCUGACUAUAGAAAGAGACCAGUUACAGACCAAAAACACCAACCUGACUAUAGAGAGAGACCAGUUACAGACCAGUUACACCAACCUGACUAUAGAGAGAGAUCAGUUACAGACCAGUUACACCAACAUGACUAUAGAAAGAGACCAGUUACAGACCAAAAACACCAACCUGACUAUAGAGAGAGACCAGUUACAAACCAGCUACACCAUCCUGGCUAUUGAGAGAGACCAGUUACAGACCAGUUACAGUAAUGUUACAAACGAGAAGGACCAGUUGAAGAAUGAGAAAGAUGGGCUUCAGAACAUGUUAACCGUUUUAGAAACAUAUAACCAGCAAGGAUGGGUGUACUUUGGAAACAAAGUUUAUUUCUUUUCUACUGAGAAGAAGAGCUGGAGUGAAGGCAGACAGUUCUGCACAGAGAGAGGAGCAGACCUGCUGAUCAUAAACAGCAGAGAAGAACAGGAGUUCAUCACCAAAGCAUUUGGCAGCUCUGAAGCUUGGAUUGGUCUGACGGACACGGAGAAAGAAGGGGUCUGGAAAUGGGUGGACAACUCAGGACUGACCACUGCGUUCUGGUGGACAGGGGAACCCAAUGAUUAUGAUAGAAAUGAGGACUGUGCUAUAACUGGCUAUAAAGGUGCUGUAUCUGAACGUGUAUCAACCUGGGCUGAUUAUCCCUGUGAUCAUCCUGUAGUUGGACUCUGUGAGAAAAGUUUAACUGAAUUUUAGUGAACAUGACCAGUAGAAAUUGAAAAAAAAACUUGUUUGUGCUUCAAAUGCUUUCAGUUCUUAAAGCUCUGUAAAUGUCACAGGCAUUUUAAACAUUGCUUAUUGCCCAUUGACUCAGUGUUUUUGAUGGCUGGCAUGGCAUAAGCAAGGGUGCUCAAGAUGAGACGUAGAAUGUGGCGUUUAUAGAGCAUAAACUUGUGCUGAAGCCUAUUUUAGCAACAAUACUGAUGUAAAAGUGAAUGUUAAUGUCAAAAGUUUCAUUAAAUAAAAAAGACGAAUAAAAAAAGCUUCCAGAACUGA